GGGCACAGCGGGCGGGGCCCGGCGGCGGUGUAUAUCAGACACGGCUCGGGGCGCCCCCCUUUCAUUCGCGUGUUAGAAGGCUCUGGUCGGUGUGGUGUGCCUUGCCGUGCCGUGCCGUGCUCCCGCCCGCAUCAGGGACCUGCCCAACUCAGCGCCCCGGGACGCCAGUUUGGCGGGCGCUGCAGCAAAAUGGCGGCGACGAGCUCGAGGCUUCGGUGGCGAAAUGGCGGGAGCUCCGAAUGCCCGGAUGGAGUGGCGCAGGGCGCGCGUUCAGCGCAUGCGCGCGGAGGGCGGGGCGCCAGGGCCGGGCUCUCACGCUGCGGGUCCCGGGUGUUCGCGUCCUGUCGCCGCACUCCCUGAGCCUCGGCUUCCCGUCUUGCCAUUGGGAUCCCACGUGGGGAAGGACGGCCCCGCCGCCUCGUUUGCAAGUGCUCAAGUCUAGUGCUGGUCUCCUUUUGAACCCCAAGUGUAAUCCCGAGUUGGCACCGUCCCCCAAAUCGUGGACUGGCUUUUUUCUCAAUCUUUGGGCCGAGGUCCUCCUAGCCAAUAAACGCCUUGUCCAAGUCGGCCUGUCCGCCCCCCUGAGUAGUCACGUUGCAAACUCCAGCUUCCCUGAGGGGGCUGCCUCCGGGCAUCUCAGUCCCUGCUAGCAAGUGGAUCUCUGGCCCAAGGCAGCACCUCAGGACUGGGUGCCCUUUUUGACAGCACCCUGGGGGCACUUCACAGUAAUAGAAAAAGCACCCUCUAAAAACCCUACACCUAUAACUCAAGCUCCGUGGCCAAUUUAGGGAAAGCUUGUGCCAAAGUGAAAAUUUAAAAGCCAGGUGUGGUGUUGCACAAUUAUAACCCUAGCAUUUAGAACCACGAGGCAGAAUGAUGAUCUCUGCAAGUUCAAGACCAGCCUGGAAGCCCCAAAAAGAGCCAGAUGUGGUAGUGCAUGCCUGUUAAUUCCAGCACUCAGGAGGCUGAGGCAGCAUGCUUACCUGGAGUUCAAAGGCAGCGUGGAUGACAUAGAACCUGUCUCAAAAAAUUAAAGGCCAAGGGCGGGGGAUUUAGCUCAGUGGCAUAAGUACCUGCCAGGCAAGCAUGAGGUCAUGACUUCAAUCCGCGGUACCAAGAUAAAUAAAAAGCUAGGGGCCAGGGAUGUAGCUCAGCGGCAUAAGCACCUGUCUGGCAGGCUGCAAGCUCCUGAGUUCGAUUCCCAGCACUAAAAAAAAAAAAAAAAAAGGUUUUUUUUUUUUUUUAAUAUUAAAAAGCUAGUAGAGGAUCCCUGGGUUGGAUCUCUCGCAAUUCACACACAAAGCACCCUGGGGUCUUUUCCGUUGUGUGAACAUCUGAUGUUUAGGUAGAAGAGCAGCCCAUAAUUACAAAAAGGGGGUACUUGUAUUUAGAAGGGCCAGGGAUUUAGCUCAGAGGCAUAAGCACCUACCUUGCAAGUAAGCAAUUCUGAGUUCAAUCCCCAGUAUCAAAAAUUUUUUAAAAAGGCCUAGUGAGCCAAGGCGAGGCAGCUGGCUGGCUUCAAGUCGCAGCAGUGUAAGCUACAUAGUGAGACCUGGCUCAAAGCCCAAGAAGGACCAGGCAUGUAGCUCAGUGGUAUAAGCUUGCCUGCCUGGCAAGCUGCAAGGUCCCAAGUUUGAUUCCCAGUACCAAAAUAAUAAAAGCACCCCGCUGCAGUGGGCUGAGGACGGAGCUCAGUGGCAGGUCGCUUGCCUAGCAGGCAGGAGCCCCUGAAUCCAACCCCCAGCUCACCAAAAAGCCCCAGUGAGUUAUGGUGGCUGGCACAGGCCUGUAAUCCGGGCACUGGGGAGAUUGAGGCAGGGUGGAGCCUUUGAGCCCAGCCUCAGUGAGGUAGCAAGACCCUGUCUCAGACCAGAAAAGGGCAACAUGCGUGGCUCAGCGCCAGACCCCGAGGUCAUGGCCAAGCACCACAAAAAGGAAAAAGCCCUUGGGGAAGGCUUAGAGUCUAUGGAGGGGAGCGUGGGGGUCUGCGUGUGCCUUCCCAGGAGGGGUUUCCCACUUGUGUAACUGCGGGUGGGGAGGCUGAGCGCCCAGGUUUGUGGGUGGCCCCGUGGUGUGGCUGGCGCUGGGAUGGCCCGGGAGCGCGGUGAGACUGCGACUCCGCGUGCCACAGGCCGCCAUGGCGUCGGACGAAGGCAAGCUCUUCAUUGGGGGCCUGAGCUUCGACACCAACGAGCAGUCGCUGGAGGAGGUCUUCUCCAAAUAUGGCCAGAUCGCUGAAGUGGUGGUGGUGAAGGACCGGGAGACUCAGCGGUCUCGGGGCUUCGGCUUUGUCACCUUCGAAAACAUCGACGACGCCAAGGACGCCAUGAUGGCCAUGAAUGGGAAGUCGGUGGAUGGGCGCCAGAUCCGAGUGGACCAGGCCGGCAAGGCUGCGGACAGCCGCUCCCGAGGCUACCGCGGUGGCUCCGGCGGGGGCCGGGGCUUCUUCCGGGGGGCCCGGGGCCGCGGCCGGGGCUUCUCCAGAGGGGGAGGCGACCGAGGCUAUGGCGGCGGCCGCUUCGAGUCCCGCAGCGGCGGCUACGGCGGCGGCUCUAGAGACUACUACGGCAGCCGGAGUCAAGGCGGCGGCUACGGCGAGCGGAGCACGGGCGGCUCCUACAGGGACAGCUACGACAGCUACGCCACGCACAGCGAGUGAGCCCACGGCCAAGUCCGAGGACGUGGGAGCCGCCAAGCCGUGGACGUGGAGUGACCACGCUGCCUGCGCCCCACUUUUGCGGCCCUUUCCGGUCCGGCCUGGCCGCGCCCGCGCUGGCCUCGGGCCGGACUCUGUUGGGUUUUGCAGGCGAUCCGAGCGGGCCCCGUUCACCGUGUUCAGGACGUGGUGGUGGGGUUCCCGCGCGGCGUGUGAUGGCCGUUUCUACCCGUGUUUUAUUGUAUUUCACUUCCCUGCGUCCUUCUGGUGCUGGCGAUCGCGCCCCUGCGCCGCCCCGCCGUGCCGCUGUUUUCCUGGACGCCUCGCCCGCCCCGUGCUGUCGAGUCCCCGAUCCCGGACCAGCCGGGCCCGCGGCGAAGACGACGUCUCCCGGGCCUUUUCCCCGGAGCCCCGCGUGCCCGCGCCCCGCGUUUCCUGGGCCGCGGAGCCGUUGAUUAAAGACCGUGUGAAACCA